GUAAUAAAUAUUAACCAGACAAGUAGCCCUGGUUAUAUCUUAAUUAAACUCCUACUACAACACUCACACUCAAAUUAUUAUUUAUUACAACAUUUCAACAUUAAAAAUAUUUAACCAGCUACAAGAUAAGAAUAAAAACAACUUAAAUAUAUAAAAAGUGAGACAAAGAACCAUCAAAAUAAUGUUGAUAAGUUAGGCGCCAAAUCCACCAUCACAACAAACUUCACAGUAAAUACGUCUUUUAUACCAAUUUUUGAGAACUACACAGAAUCAUGCAGUGACAACAGCUUUUCACUUGUCUGUCAUGUCUGGUGCUGUGGACAUUCAGGACACACCUCAGCAUGCAAGAGGACAGAUGGGUAUCCAGUCAUUUUUUAAGUACCCCCAGGAAACACCUUCAAAGCAAAUUGAAGAUAAAAAAGGUUUGUUGGGGUAUUUUAAGAUAGUGCCCAGAAGUACAGUGAUAAGGAACCUGACUGAAAACCAGCCUGAGAACAACCCUGAUUGUGCAGAGGAGGAUGAGGUUAGCAUAAUUAGACGAGACAUUGAAGAGAGUUCUGAAGUUAAGGAUGUGCAUAAGGAUGGCAGAAAAACAGAUGGACUUUGGGGAAGCAGCUGUAGAGCAAGUGGUAAAACAGAAAAAUGUUCUUUUGAUAUUAAAGAAGUGCCAGUUGGUGAUGAAAAUGAGUGUGUUAAUUUUCAUAAAAAAAUACAUUCCAAAUUAAAAACAUCUAAAUCAGAGGUUUCUCAUAAGGACAUAUUUACCUUAAACGCUGAUACGCUAUGUAACGCUAAGGAAGAAUAUCAGUGUGACCAGAAAAAGUCGUCUGUACCUCCAGCUAAAAAGGAGUUUAAAUCGUCAGAUACACCAAAGAAGGAAAAGACAAAUAUCUUUGCUUUUAUGAUGACUAACAGAGGUAAACAAAAUGAAAUUUUAAAAGCAAUGAAGGAGCAAGAAAAUAUGAAUAAUACUGAGUUUAUUGGUUCUAAAAUGGCUGGGCAGAGUCCCAACAAGAAGCAGGAACAAGAUAGUGAUUUCACAAAAGAAGCAAGCUCGUGUAAGCUAAACAUUGUACAGAAAAAAGGUGCAGACACUGAGGAUUCUCAAGUCUUAAAAGUGGGCACAAGUAAACUGGUUUCAGGAAGUAAUGCAUUUGUGCUCAUGAUGGCAAACCGUCAUGGACAGGACAAACUACACUCUAAAAGUAUAUAUUCUGAUGAAGAGAGCGAAAAACCUAGAGCAGCUUUUGAAGCUAAUACCUCCACAGACAAAGAAUUGAAUUGUGCUAAAAAACGUAAAAGAGUGGAUCUUGAUUCCUCUCUCCAGGAUUUUGAUUUAACAGUAAGCACAAGUGUUAAGAAUAAAAGAAAACGCAUGAAUAAAGAGUUUGAAAGUAUAUUGGAGGAUAUUCCGAACAACGAACACGCACACAGUGUGGAAAAGGAAACUAACGUCAGGAAUAACAGGUCAGUGACAACAUUUCCUGACUGUGGAAACACUGUACCAAACUAUUGUGUUGAAGAGAGAGUGAUGCAAGAAAUAGUAUCACCAGUCAAAUCAAUUUCAUUUUCAGAUUAUAUGAAAGAAGCAUUAGAAAGAGAGAGCCAUUCAAAGCAAGGUAAUGUGAAAGCAGACAGUGAAGCACACCAGGGUGUGGGUCAGGGUAUCAAAGGAAAAUCUCACACAGAUGGCAAAGGCACUGACCCUGCUAAUAAUAAGAUUAAACAGACUAGAAGAAUAAUGAAGGGAAAUGUUAGUAAAUUGGAGAAUGACUUUGCCAUUGAUGAUACAUACAAAGUAGUAGAUAGUGAAGAUGAAGCUAUCAAUAAGACAAUUAGAAUGGAAAUGAACAAUCAGAAUCCAGGUAAGUCCCACAGGAAAAGGCUGAGGAAAAAGGUAACUCUAAUUGACUCAGAUGAUGACACUACAAGUACCUGUGAGAAAAAACUUGAUUCUACAAUGGAAAGACAAGAAGAUCCUUGUAACCAGGAAGAUGUGGACUGUUGCAAGAAAACUGGAAUUUCAAAGUUCUUUAAGAAAAUUAGUCAAGAAGAAAGAUCAGUGGAAAGGAGCAAGCAUGUUUUUACAGUCAAAGCAGAUGUUCAUGCCACUUAUGAAGGGCCUGAGAUAAGCACUGAUAUUGAAUCUUUUAGGAGCAAAGUUUGUGAUAGGCAGCAUUCUAAUAUUGUAAAUAUUAACAAAGAGAGCAUGUCUGAAAGUUAUAACAAGGACUGCAACCGCAGCAUAAGUAAGAGAAUUAGGAAGAGUCAAGAACUAGAAGAUUUGAAUAAGAUAGAAGUAUUGGAGCAAAUUUCCAUCACUGUGUCACCAAAGAAAAGUCAGGUCAGUUCAUUAAAUUUUAUCAGUGAUGUCAAGGUUGAAGAACCUCUAGGUGAGCUGGAUGCAGUCAUGAAGAGAGAGAAAGGAUCAGCUAAGAUCUCACAUUAUAGUGAUGUUGUGAAAGAAAAUGAAAAUACAGGUAAGACCAAAAAUGAAUUAACUAAGACUUCAAGAAAGGUUUUAAGAGCUUCUCAAGAUCAGAAUGUUAAUAAUGAAAAAAAAGUUAAAAAGGAAGUUAUUAGUUCAGAAAUUGAAUGUUGUGAAGAUCAGGCUCAAGCAGUUGUCACUCAAAAAAAAUCUAGAAAAAGCAUAUCCAAGGAAAAACAGAAAGUGCAGGAAAAAGGUAAUCUGGAAGACAGAAACUGUGGUAAAGAACAGGUAAAUGUAAGAAGAUCAUUGAGAAGAAAGAAGGUAACAUCAGAGGUGGAGGAGGAGAACUGUCCUGAAGAAACUGCAGCGGCUAACAAAGUGAAAACGUCCAGCUGUUCACUACCUUCAGUGGAAUCUAUUUCUGACAUCAGCUUUGAUUCAGUCUCAGAAAAUGAUAGAACUGGAGAUGAAUGUACUUCAACAAAAAUUCAUGAAAAUGACAAGGAAAACAUUGUCAAAUAUACUUCCACACUUAUCCAGAAACCUGGCAAACUUCGCUUAAGAAUAAAAAGGAUUCAUAAUCAUCCACAGCAUUUAGUGAAUAAUAGAAGAUUAAGCUUAAAGAAGAGUAAUAUAGCUGAGAGCCAAACAGUACAACAGAAAGCUAAGAAGCUUCUGCAGAAGGCUAAGGGGACCAGAAAGUUCAGUGUGAGUAAGAGGAAGAAAGCACGGUUGGAUAAUGUAGCUAAGUAUGAGGACAAACAUGUUAUGCUUGUUAACAUGGCACUUAUUAACAGUGAUGUCACUAAUGUUUCUUCAUUUGUGGGUGACAAAAAGGCCUCUUCUAAGCAGACCAGAAAAAGGAAAUCAGCUCAGGCAUUGCCCAAACCAACAGAUGCAACAAGAAGAAAGCGAAAGCAGAAAAAUAAUCUCAGAGUACAGAAGAUAAAGAAAACCGAGAAUGAGACCAAUGAAGAAAACUGUAGUAGACGUCACAGGCCAUGUCGUCAGGCUGCUAUCACUGCUAACAAAGCCCUAGAUGAACACAGGAAAAUAGUAGCUUUGGAGAAAGGAGAGAAGAAAUUGAGCAAGGAUAGUAGAAGAGAUCCCAUUGCCAAAGAUGCAAAAUUGGCACCAAUAUUUUACAAGAAAUCCAAGUCUCCACCUUGUAUAGAGAUAAUAAAGGUAGUGACAUUGUCUCCAGCCAAACUUAAGGCUCGUCAGGACUUCUUACAGUCUGGCGUACCAGAUGAGAUUAAGAAGCAUCAGAUUGUGGAGAGAAGUAUGCAGGAGGAGGAGUUAAGUAACUGGCCCAUGUUUCCUGAAGUAAGCCAUGUUCAACAAAGAACAAAUGAGACUCUAUGGAAGCUUGGCAUCCCAGAAAUUCGUUUACGAGAGACUGAACAUGAAAGUUACACUCCUGAUGCAUCGGUGUGGCAAAAGGUUUUUCCUUACACAAACUGUCUGCUUGACAAAACUAACUCUGUUUCAAGGGGAUCUCUAGUUCAUGUCCCAACAUUGGAUUCUGAAGAUAUAGCUUCAAUAUUAGCAUAUAUGAAGAGUAAAAAUCCAAAUUUUCCUGUUUAUAGAGUUUUUAAAUCAUACUAUGAUAUGAAGAAAAGAGCUGUCGAAUUGUACAGAAAAGAGCUGGAGAAAGAGAGGCAGGCUGUUAUUGUUCUGGAUGACAAUGAUGUUAAGGUAAAGAAGAAACUCAGGCUGAAAACCAAAUCAACAGUGUUGAGUAGGAGUAAACGAUGCAAACUAGCUGGUACAAGAGGACAGGAAGAAGAAGCAAGUAUACAAGAGAGGUCAAGUUUACCAUUGUGGCAUGAAAAAACUCCACACUCAUGGACGCAAGUCUUUGCACCAAAAAAUGGCAAACAAGUCAUAGGAAACACAGAAAAUGUGAACAGGCUCAAGAUGUGGCUACAAGAGUGGAAAAGGAAGUGCCAGGCUUAUGCAAAUAAGCAGAAAAGCAUGAAGAAAAAAUUAUCUAGAAAAGAUGAUUGGUUUGAGGAAUCAGACAAGUCCAGCAGUUGGGACGAAGAUGAGUUCGUUAACACCUAUCUUCUCUGUGGACCUCCUGGCAUUGGCAAAACUGCGGCAGUAUAUGCCCUGGCUGCUGAACUUGGCUAUAGGGUUCUGGAGGUGAAUGCAUCCUCUCGAAGACCUGGGCGUCAGGUUAUGAGCCAGCUUGUUGAAGCCACUCAGUCUCACUCAGUAUCAAAUAAUUCAUCUCAUGCUAGCGGAACAGUAGCAGCCAUGUUUGCAGCAAAGUUGCGUAGCCCUUCAAAAAAAGCACCCCAUUUCAGCCUGGGAGAAGAAAGCCAAGACUCCAAUAAUAAAGAUUUAGAGAAGACAAAAGCCUUCUCUCUUGUUUUAUUCGAAGAUAUUGAUAUUGUAUUUGAAGAAUGGGAUGAUGGCUUCAUCUCGACUGUCAACAAUUUCAUGGCAACCAGUAAGAGGCCUAUUGUAUUAACUGUGACUCAGGCUUCACCAAGUAUCCUCUCAAGAAUAAAGGGAAUAUAUGAAAAGAUGGAGUUUACAACACCAUCAGAAGAUCUUAUUGCACAGCAUUUGCAGCUGGUGAGUUUGGCCAAUGGAUAUCAUAUCUGCUUUAAAGACCUAGUAAUCCUUGUGAACACAAACAAAAGUGAUAUAAGACAGUCCAUACUUGACCUUCAACUGCUGGCCAUUUCAGGCUCAUCACAUGACCGGUGUGACUGUAGAACGUGUGAGGUGACAGAUACAUCUGUCAUCUUGUGCAAGAAAAGCAUUGAUGGCUCGAGAGGAAAAGAUCUGAGCCUAGGUGAUAUAUUCCCGGAAGUAACAAACAUUAAACCCAGAGAUACUAAGUUAUAUAAAGCCGGUGUUUGUGGCAAGUUGCAAAUGAAGGAAGAUUUAAAUGUCAUGAUUUCUGCAUUAAAGUCUAAUAAACAAGUGGCUGGGAGUGAUGGUGUGCAAAAAUUAGACAGGAAGAUGUCUUGGACUCAAAUGGCAGAUAAUAUCAGCUCUUUUCUUCCAUUCCCUCUGAAAAAGGAAGUGAAUAAAGUAAAAAGAUACCCCCUUAGUGCUAAUGAUCCACUUGUAAAAAUGACAAGUUUUUGGCAGCGCAGCAGUUGGUUAUCCUUAGACGAUGACGAUGAUGAUGAUGAUGAGCCACAGCCAGAUGUUAUAGAAGAGGCAGAGGAAAAUGUAAAAAAAAUUGAAAUACCUCUAAAUGUACAAAAUGCUUCAAAGCUGUGUUUAAAUUCAUUGUCUAAUUUAUAUGAUACAUUUACUCAAUUAGAUAUUUUGGAUUCUUCCCAAUAUUUAAUUCAUCCGAGAAUACAAAUUAAGGAGCGCGGAUGGUGGGUACGCCAGCCAACUGCAGGGCUGAGCGAUAGCCAAGGAAGUCUUCACUCACAAUGGGCGCCAUUAGAUGUUAUGAAUGACAUCACUCAUGAAUUGGGGCAAAAGGCAAUGAUUCAUUGCAAUGAAGAAAUAUGUUCUGUUUUAGAAGCAGUAACUGCAGAGGACUGGCCGCAACUGUGCCUGACCAGUGAUAGCAGACAAAAACUGCCAAGUCUUCUGCCAUAUGUUUCUCUAGAUGACAGUGAAAGAAGCAGUCAUUGGGACCUAAUGGGAAGUAUAGCAUCAAGUUUACCUCUAGUGAACCAACUUAACAGAAGUGUGUAUUUAGAUUACUUCUCCACACUCAGAAGUAUUUCUCGUUAUGAUGAACUCUGUUCUGCUCUUAGUAAAAAGCGCCGAGGACGCCGUUUCUUAAGCCAGUUAGCACAGUUAGGGCUUCAUAUUUCAGUACAAAAUAAACUAAAAAUGGCAAAUGCCAUGAUUACAUAAUACUGUGCAAAUUAUGUCAAAAUUUUCUUAUAAAUUUAUUUAUCAUAUAUUUAUUGAAAAUAUAGAAUAAAAUAUAAAUUUCAAUUCUAUGUACAUUGUAAGAUUCUUCUGUUGAAAAAUUAAAAAUGGCCUUUGUUUUAUCUAAACAGAUUUGUUAAGCAAAAUAUCAGUAUUUUUACAUAUACAGUGGAACCAUGGUUUUCGUCUAAUCCGCUCCAGAAGGUUGGCUGAAAACCAAUUUGUACAAAAACUGAAGUAAUAUCCCAUAAGAAAUAAUGUAAAUCCAAUUAAUCCGUUCCAGACAACCAAAAAUAUUAACAAAAGAUACAUUUUAUAGAGAAUAACUAUAGUUUUACAUACAGAAAACAGUGAGAAAUAAAUAUAAAUGUCUAAUGAAAUGGAUAAAUGAACAUUUAACGUCACUUUUACCUUUAUUGAAGACUUGUUGGCGUAUGGAAGAUGGUGAGGAGGGGAGAGAUUAUUGUUUGGAAGAGGAAUUCCCCUCCAUAAGGACUUCAGGUAUCAAAGCCCUAUCUGAGGUUACUUCCCUUCUUUGUCUUUUACUGGCACUAGGAUCAGCUUGAGAGUCACUGGAUCCCUGUCAUACAAAAAAUCUGUCCAGAGAGGACUGUUUCUGGCAUCUCUUUAAGAUUUGCCUAAAACAGGACAUGACAUUGUCAUUGAAUGUGUUGCUGACACGGCUUGCAACAGCUUUGUUACAGUGAUAUUCCUCCACAAAACUUUUCACCUCGCUUUACUUUGCACAAAUGUCCUUAAUCGCUGAAGAGGGCAUGUUCUUUCCUCUCUCUUCCUCCUCCUCUGAAGCAAUUUCCUCAGCUAAGGUCUGUUGCUGUUCCAGAUGAAGGUCUUGCAGCUCUGCAGUGGUUAGCUCUUCCCUGUGGUCAUCCACCAGCUCUUCCACAUCCUGGCCACUCACUCACAACCCCAUGGACUUCCCCAAAGACAAUAGAUUCCACAACAGGCGUAGGUUCGUCAGGGUCAGCUGGCACUCAGAACUUUCUUUGGCCCCAUGGUGGCUUAUUUAACAGUCGCAAGCACAAAAAACAAUGGAUUAUUAUGAAAUGUUUUGGAUGAACGUGUGGUGUAAUGCUCACUGAACGAGUUACAAAGGCAGACUGAGUCACGAAUGUAUGAGCAGCCUCGUCCUGCGGGCAGGUAGACAUGUCUGGUGUGAUCAAUUUCCAAGCGGAUGUACGAAAACAGGGAAAAUUUCGCCGAAAAAAAAGUGGUCGAAAACUGAAUUGUAAGAUAACCAGACCGGACAAAAACUGGGGUUCCACUGUAGUAUAUUUCUUCUUUUAGCAAACCGGUUGUAUCCCACGGAGGCAGGGUGGCCCAAAACGAAAAAUAGUUUCUCUCUCUAACUUUAGUAAUGUACACAAGAGAAGGGGUUAUUAGCCCCUUGCUCCCGACAUGUUAGUCACCUCUUACGGAGGAAGAAUUCUGUUCCACUUUCCCUUGGAGAUAGUAUAUUUAUUAAUCUAAUUAUGACAACACCUUGAUACGUUGAAUCUAGUUUGUGAAAAAUCAGCCAUGCAUAAAAACUUUUGAGGCAUUCAUUCCUCUAUGAGUUCAUGUACUAAGUACAGUGGACCCCCAGUAUUCGAUGGCAUCGGUAUUCGAUAAAUCCGGUAUUCGAUGCAUUAUAUCGCAAAAAAAUUUCCUCGGUAUUCGAUUGAAAACCCGGUAUUCGAUACGAUUCGUACGAGACCUGUCCAUAUGUGGCCUGAACUGCCCCUUGUGUGCCAGUGUUUACAAGCCAGCCAGUGUGCACGCAUCUAAGGAUACAUUCGGUACAUUCCAUAUUAUCACUGUGUUUGGUGCUUGCUUCUACAAAAUAAGUCACCAUGGGCCCCAAGAAAGCUUCUAGUGCCAACCCUGUGGUAAAAAGGGCGAGAAUUAGUAUGGAAAUUAAGAAAGAUUUUGAAGGGUUUGGGGCUAACCCUGAGAAGCCUAUACCAGUUGUGGAAUACAUUGUGCCUACUUCAAAAAUUAAGGAAAUGUGUGCACAGUGGGUUGAAGUGCAAACCUUUAUGGAUGAAAAUCACCCUAACACAGCUGUUACAGUGACAAUGUUGUAGCCCAUUUUAGACAAAUCGUAAAGGAACGGGAGGUACAGAGCUCUAUGGACAGAUUUGUUGUGCGACAGAGGUCCAGUGACUCUCAAGCUGGUCCUAGUGGCAUUAAAAGAAGAAGGGAAGUAACCCUGGAAAAGGACUUGCUACCUCAAGUCCUAAUGGAAGGGGAUUCCCCUUCUAAACACUUACACCUCUCCCCUCCUUCCAUCCCAUCAAUCAUCACCAGAUCUUCAUUAAAGGUAAGUGUCAAUUAUUUUAUUGUUAUUGUAAUUAUUCUAUUGCAUUAAACUUAAUAUUUCAUGUAGUAAAUUUUUUUUUUCAUACUUUUGGGUGUCUUGCACGGAUUAAUUUGAUUUUCAUUAUUUCUUAUGAGGAAAAUUUAUUCGGUUUUCGAUAUUAUCGGUAUUCGAUGAGCUCUCAGGAACGGAUUAAUAUCAAAUACCAGGGGUCCACUGUACUGUAUGCCAUCUGUAUCCAUGAAAAAUUUGUUCCACAAGAAGCUCAUGGAUGAUGAAUUCAUGAAUACUGGACUUGUACAUCAGUUGUCAAAAGCAAUAGAUACAUUGUAGAAUCCUGUGAUCCCAGCAGUUUGAUAUAUAGUAAAUUGAACAUUUCAUCUGUAGUACAAAUAGAUCUUCUAACAAA